AUGACGACUGUGAAGCGAGCGGUGCUGCUGUUGGUGCUGGCGACGACGGCGGCCGUGAUCAACGCCGACGCCGAACAUGAGAACUGUGAAGGUCACAACGUUACGGUGAAAAUCCCAGACCUGCAUAAGGUUUACGGGGACUGGGUGCUGGUCUGGGCCGUCAGUGAUAAUCCAAAAGGACAUGAAAUUCUGCAGAACACGACCAGCUCCCACGUUGAGAUGAAACUCCAGCCUGACAACAAAACCAUCGAAUACAACGAGAGGAACAUGUACCUAGGAAACACUUGCACUUCGUACUUUGUCAAUUUGACGAUACCAGAUGAUGACCAUGAACAUCACUCUCUGACAGAAGCAGGCGCUAUUGAGGAAACAAAUGGAGUCAGGAAAAUGGUCAACGAUUCAGGCAAAGUGGAUUUUCUGGAGAGCUGUGAUGACUGUAUGACAAUGAUAUACGACAGCGAAACAUAUGGACGAUACCUGCUGCUCUACAGGAGGGAUGGUCAUCAUCGUGACGUGGAACAGAUGAAAGCUCAUCAGGCUUCUCAUGAGAAACUGGCCAAGUGUUGGCAUUUCCCUCUUGAACACGUGUUCAUCUACGACGGAGUUGCAGAUUUCUGCCAUAAGAAGUCUGCUCCAGAGGAGAAAACUAACAGACAGAGGAGCAUUUGGUUUUUGUUCCUGAGCAGGAUGACGACUGUGAAGCGAGCGGUGCUGCUGUUGGUGCUGGCGACAGCUGUGGCCGUGAUCAACGCCGACGCCGAACAUGAGAACUGUGACGGUCGCAACGUUACAGUGAAAACCACAGACCUGCAUAAGGUUUACGGGGACUGGGUGCUGGUCUGGGCCGUCAGUGAUAAUCCAAAAGGACAUGAACUUCUGCCCAACGUGUCCAGCUCCCACGUUGAGAUGAAACUCCGGCCUGACAACAAAACCAUCGAAUACAAUGAGAGGAACGUGUACCUAGGAAACAUUUGCGCUUCGUACUUUCUCAAUUUGACGAUACCAGAUGAUGACCAUGAAUAUUACUCUCCGAUACACGCAGGUGCUAUUGAGGAAAAAGAUGGAGUCAGGAAAAUGCUCAACGAUUCAGCCAAAGUUCAUUUUCUGGAGAGCUGUGAUGACUGUAUGACAAUGAUAUACGACAGCGAAACAUAUGGACGAUACCUGCUGAUCUACAGGAGGGAUGGUCAUCAUCGUGACGUGGAACAGAUGAAAGCUCAUCAGGCUUCUCAUGAGAAACUGGCCAAGUGUUUGCAUUUCCCUCUUGAACACGUGUUCAUCUACGACGGAGUUGCAGAUUUCUGCCAUAAGAAGUCUGCUCCAGAGGAGAAAACUGAAGAACACUGAGACACAAACAGCAAAGAAACACAG